CUGCUGGAGAGGUGAACACCACUCCGGCGCUCAUCCACUCGUCGCGGCUGCUGCCUCGGCUCGUCUCCGGAAGAAGCGCGGUCACUUCUCAAGAGACAGCCACAGACCCCACUUGCAAAAAGCGAAACCGUGCCUCCCGGUAUCCGCCUCCCCGCCCUACACUCACAACUGCUUCGUUUUCACCCGCACUUGCAGGGCUUCUUAUUUUUUGUCUUUUCUGUUUUACGCGUCGUUGGAUGGUUGAGCUCCUCGUGUCUGUGGCGCUGUAGCACCUGCACCGUUCAGACCGGACCGACGCUCCUGGAAGGCUGCUGCAUCGCUCUACAUUCCUGUGGACUGGACCUUACUUCAUCCGAAAGGUGCAGCAGGAUGCAGGGCGUACUGCCUGAGUGUGGACUGCAGCCCCUGCUGGCCCUCCUUCUGCUGCAAACUCUGGGCUGUGGCGUAACCAACGCCGACACUGUGGUGAACAUGCGGAAGGUGACCCAUCAGACCAUUAGCGAGGAGCUGUCCAAGACUGUUCUCCUCCCCUGCCUCUUCACCCUCCGCCCCAGCGCCAGUUCAUCCCAUGAGCCCCCCCGGAUCAAGUGGACCAAGGUUUGGGGCCAGAGAGGCUCCGACGGCCUGCAGAAGGAACAGUCGCUCCUGGUGGCCAAAGACAAUGUGGUCAAGGUGAAGAAGGCCUUCCAGGGCCGCGUGACACUGCCUGGUUACAAUGAGAACCGCUACAACGCCAGUCUUGCUCUGACAGGGCUACGUUCUAGCGACUCUGGCCUGUACCGCUGUGAAGUCGUGGUGGGCAUCAGUGACGAGCAGGACACAGUUCCCCUGGACGUCACAGGUGUGGUGUUUCACUACCGCGCCCCUCACGACCGCUACGCCCUGUCCUUCGCUGACGCCAAGAGAGUGUGUGUGGAGAACUCAGCAGUCAUCGCAACACCAGGCCAACUGCAGGCUACCUUCGCUGAUGGAUAUGACAACUGUGAUGCCGGCUGGCUGGCAGACAAGACUGUACGGUAUCCCAUCCAGUCGCCUCGGCCCGGUUGCUAUGGCGAUCGCGAGGACUCACCUGGAGUCCGUAACUACGGCGAUAGGUCGCCUGAUGAGCUGUUUGAUGUCUACUGCUUUGCUAAGCAGCUUCAAGGUGAAGUCUUCCACUCCACAGUGCCUGAGAAGUUAAGCCUGGCCACAGCCUCUACCCACUGCCAUUCCCUGGGAGCUCAGCUGGCCACUGUGGGGCAGCUCUACCUGGCUUGGCAGGCAGGCCUGGACCAGUGUGACCCCGGCUGGCUUGCUGACGGCAGCGCCCGCUACCCUAUCAAUGUUCCGCGGAAGAACUGUGGCGGAGACGAGCCCGGCGUGCGGACCGUCUACAACAACCCUAACCGCACCGGCUUCCCCGACACCACAGCCCUGUAUGACGCCUACUGCUACCAAGGCCGCCAGGCAGCGGGGGUCCAGGCUGCAGAGGCACAGGCUCUGUACGAGGCCCCCAACCCAGCAGCAGAGGCCAUCUCCUCAGUUACAGAAGCCCAGCAUAGUGCCCCUUUUUCCAAUACUUCCACCUGGACCGGAAUGGUUGACUUGGACAACACAGGGGUCCACUCCAUUGCUGGAAUCAACAACUCCUCUGAGAUUUCUGAAGAGCAUGUCGUCAUCCACCUAAGGCCACAGGAGGGCUGGGAUGAAAACCACAUUGGACCCAGACGCAGCCAACUCAGCCAGGAGGAGUCUGACGGCACAAAGAGCAACACCAUGGGCCUUUCUGACCUCGAGAGCCUGGAGAGUCAUGGAGGUUCUGCUCAUGAAGAAGAAGACGGUGGCUAUUUUGGAUCAUCUGACACCCCAACAUUAUCCUCUAUAGCUUCUUCAACUCCCCAGCCUCAGACCGGUAAUAGUGUGUUGGCCGAGUUUGUGAACACUCUGAUGAGGCCCUUUAGGUACUGGAGAGGAGGUGAGGAGGUGGAAGAGACAGAUAGGGGACCUUCUGUGCUUGAGGAAAAAGCAGGAGAGAACCAGACGCAAGUAGAGGCCUCCAGCAGAAACCUGAGUAUACCAAAACCAAGUGGAAACAAGGGCAGCAUGGACAAUGCCAUCACGGAGCAAAGGAGUGGUAGUUUUUCCUUCAGGACUCCUACCAGUGGACUACAGAAUCCUGAGGAAGGUCUGUCCGAGCAGGAGAAAGAGGUGAUGCCACUGAUUCGAUUAGUGCCUGCAGUCCAAAGCACGGGGCAAAAUGACACCGCCACCCAACCAGAAGAACAAGCCCCCAGCGCAUCUGCUGACGAUCCUCCAUCCAACGGUAACGGAUUCACUGCAGCAAGUCCCAACGAGAGAUCCCCACCCAUUGAACAUGUCAACCUAUCCGGUCCUCAGGGUCCCAGAGGAGGCCCGGCCUUUGCUCCCGCCCCCAGCAGCCACUUUCGGUGGGCCAUCAAAUCCAUGCGUGGGUCUAAAUUAGGCCCCCCUGGAAAUGUAGCUUAUGUGGGUAAACGUCCCACCUGGGUGCCUAUGGAAGCUAAAGCAGGGCCACUCGAGGUAAUGACCCUGCCCACUUCCCUUCGACAGGACAACUCAGAAAACUAUUCAGGCCAGGGGAGGGUCCAGGACGGAGAAGAUGCUAAGUCUCCAACAGCAGCCAGAACUGCAUCAGGGGAGGAGAAGGAGACCGAGGGCAGCAGUGAAGGGAGCAACUUUCCCGGUGGGUUUGAAAUGAAAACCAACAACUUGGACGGCAGUAGUGUCAAACUGAGUCCUGAAACAAUGUUGUCACUCAGCCAAAGCCAGACUGAGCAUGUGACUGUGGCAGAGCACACCACUCUAUCCCAGUGGCAGAUAGUGCAACAGCCCAGCACCCCAGUUCAGGGCUCCCAGCAGCCAGACACAGCAGGCGAGGCCAGGGGAGAGAUCUUCUACGUCCACAGGCCCACUGACAACCUCUCCUCUGUUUCUUCACCAAGAGGAGAAAGUAGCUCCAAUUCAAGUUUCACUCCUCUUUUAUGGAAGCAAAGCAAAGGCACCACCAGAAAGGAGGUGGUGACUCCCACACCCAAAGCCCUCAUGGAGGUGCUGACAACCUCUGAAAUGACCACAGUGGAGCUUCUGACAACCAGAGACACAGAGAGGACAGAUCAUAUCACCACAGUAACCAGCACGGAUAGUUCCUCAGACAGCGCCACCGCAGAGGAGUCGUCUAUUUCCAUUUCAUGGGUUCAGGAAGAGAGGGAGAAAAGCAUCUCGGCUACUCCAGCACCCAGUGACGGAUCUCAAACGACCACAGGAGUCAUUCACUUCACCACCUUUGCGUCAGACUCCAACGUUGGCGCCACGGAAAUGGAAUCCAGGUCUGCAGUGUCUGAGUCCUUUGUGGUUGGAAGUCGGUGGACACCUUUCAAAAGCAUAAGCCCUAAGUCAGAGGAACCCAAAGCCUCGGUGUAUAAAGACAAGAAAGACACAAACAACCCUUUCGGCAUGGUCGUGCCCAACUGGGCCUUCGGGCUCAUCCCAUCAGUGGAGAAUAACCCAUGCCAGACCAACCCCUGUCUCCAUGGAGGGAGCUGCUUGCAAGAAGGUGAUGGCUAUAGCUGCUACUGUCCUCAGGGCUUCUCUGGAGAGAGCUGCGAGAUCGAUAUUGAUGACUGCCAGUCCAAUCCAUGCCAGAAUGGAGGAACCUGCAUCGAUGAGAUCAACUCCUUUGUGUGUCUUUGUCUGCCCAGCUACGGAGGAGCUACUUGUGAGAAAGACACUGAGGGCUGCGAGCACACGUGGAGGAAGUUCCACGGCCACUGCUACCGGUACUUCAGCCGGAGACACACCUGGGAGGACGCCGAGAAGGACUGCAGGGAGCACAGCGGCCACCUGGCCAGCAUCCACAGCCUGGCCGAGCAGAACUUCAUCAGAGGUCUAAGCCAUGACAACACCUGGAUCGGGUUAAAUGAUCGGACAGUGGAGGACGACUUUCAGUGGACUGACAAGAUGGACCUGCAAUAUGAGAACUGGCGUGAAAACCAGCCGGACAACUUCUUCGCUGGAGGAGAAGACUGCGUGGUUAUGAUUGCUCAUGAGAACGGCAAAUGGAAUGACGUGCCCUGCAACUACAACCUGCCGUACGUCUGCAAGAAGGGGACAGUGCUUUGCGGAGCCCCACCCGCGGUGGAUAAUGCCUUCCUGAUUGGUCGGAAGCGCUCCCACUAUGACAUCCACUCUGUCGCACGCUACCAGUGUGCUGACGGCUUCCUGCAGCGCCACGUGCCCACUGCUAAGUGUCGUGCCAAUGGCAAAUGGGACCGGCCUAAAAUCAUCUGCAUAAAAUCCCGACGAGCCCACCGCUACCGGCGCCACCACCACCAGGGCAGGAGGGAGCGCAGAAAGCACAAGAGGCACGGCCACAGAGAGAGAGGGCACCACGGAGGAGAACGGGGCCACAACCACGCCCACGUCUGAACCAGAAGAGAAGAAAAAAAAAAACCUCCUUUCCUUUUUCUCCUCUGCUGCCUACUGCGGUUUGCCUGUCUCCCUGUCCCCCUCUCCCCAAACACUACUUCCCACCUUGCAGCUCAGAACUCUCCGCCCAAGCCCACUCUCUGCACUGCACUGCCCCGCCCUACGCUCCACUCCCUGGCUCCCCGAGUCAGCCUGUAUCAUAGUCAACGCCGAGGCCUGCCAAAGUGCUGCCAGGUGUUGACGGGACGAUAACAGAUCCCUUUGUACUCUUUUUACUUUCCUUUCUCUGUUUUCCUUUUGUUGUCUUAACUCCCACCUAUCCUCUAACUCGACCCAGUUACUCUCCCUCCGAGCUCCUGAUGACCUGAAACAUGGGGCUACGCUGACCUGUUUUUGAAGAAGAAAAAAAAAAGAGAAACACCUCCACACCGAACAUUCUUCGGAGGGAAGUAGUUUAGUACAAACUAUAAAUAGGGACGACAUCACUGAAAACGCCGUAUCAAAAUCAGACGAUUUGAAGAAGACAUCCGUGUUGUUGACUUUGAGCCUUCUGUCUGUUGAACACAUAUUUAUUUCUUCACUCUGCUGCUUUUGAUUUGCUCUUUGUAAGACAUUGUACUUGACUUAAGGCGAGUUAUUCCGAAACAGUUUAAAUUGAUUUUUCUUUAAAUCCGAGGCAGUUGUAAUUGAAUAAUUUGAUAGUUAGCGUCGUAUCUUGUCGUCAGUGUGGGACAGUUACUUUAGAUCAGAUGCUAAACCCCCAGAGGAAAAUGGAAAACACAUCUUAGUUUCAUCACAUAACAUUACACACCAGUCACUGUUCAGGAGUGUCAAAACAAUCUCAAACAGCUCGUGUUGUGUCAGACAUCCAUCCCUGUCAUUUUCAAGGGUUAAUCAGAGCCUGUGACAUCGGUUUGUCUCAUUUCAGUUCAGCAAUCCCACGUUUGCUUUGCUUUUUCUUCCAGUGUGUGUGGCUGGAAGAAUGUGUGCUGGGCAUUAAUGAAGGCGAAGUUCCUCUUAACAGAUGCAGAGAGGGACGGAGCCCGUUAUAUCUAUCUAGUAGCAACCUCAUAUGUCACAGCAAGCACAACAUAUGACAAAUACACAAAGAACAUGUCAUU